AGUAGGGUUGUCCAUAUAGAAAAUAGCUAACGAACUUCCGGUCUCUUUAACCUGUGUAAUCCAACAUGACCACAAGAAACAAGAAGACGAGGAAGUUGAGAGGACAUGUCAGUCACGGAAAAGGACGUAUAGGAAAACACAGGAAGCAUCCUGGUGGUCGUGGUAAUGCUGGAGGUCAGCACCACCAUAGAAUAAACUAUGACAAAUACCAUCCGGGUUACUUCGGUAAAGUCGGUAUGAGGUACUUCCACAAGACGCUUAAUAAAUUCUUUUGCCCUUCUGUCAACGUGGACCGGCUCUGGUCACUGGUGUCAGACAAGACUCGGGAGACAUACAAAGACAACAAAGACAAGGCACCUGUCAUUGAUGUUGUACGAGCUGGAUACUACAAGGUUCUCGGAAAGGGACAUCUGCCCAAGCAGCCAGUCAUCGUGAAGGCCCGUUUCUUCAGCCGGUCAGCGGAACUGAAAAUCAAGGCUGCAGGAGGCUGUUGUGUUCUGACAGCAUAAACUAUUUAUGAAUGUGGUCAAACUUUCAUUAAUAAACGUAAUGAAAGAAA